AUGGCGCAACUUACCGGUCCCGCCAAGCUUGAUGCGGUCCGGAAGCUGCUCGAUGACCUGGCUAAGGACCUUACAUCCGGCGCCCUUCAACCUCAAGAACGUGAUGCGGCUCUUGAGGAGCUGAAGCUGUACGGGCGGGACCCCAGCUAUGCAGACCCCAUCUUCACGAAGGAGGGUAUCGGGAUUCUCGCCAAGUUUGCUUUUGAUAGCUCCUCAGAUACCACGUCCCGCAAUGCGCUCAAGGUUCUUUGCAAUACUCUAUUCAUCAAAGACCAAACCCGGCAGAUCUUCGUAGAUCUAGGAUACGAGCCCAAGGCAUGCGCCAAACUCAAGAACGACAACCGAGACGACGAGUUUCUAAUUUCCAGGCUGAUUCUACUAUCCACUUAUGGCACGAAUAUCGACCUUCCAAAACUGAUCGAGCAGCACCAGUUGGCAGACUCCAUGGUAGCGCACCUGUCAAGACAUGCCGGACGUCUCUCUGCGCAACCAUCCGCAACGACCGCAGCAAACCCCAUGGAGAGGAUGGCCCUGGACGAAACCCUCAAGCUUCUCUUCAACGUCACCAAUUUUGCCAAGGAACACCUCAACUCCUUCGAUGGAGCACUCCCGCACAUCGCCUCUCUCCUCUGCGCGCUCCCCCUACCCCAAACCAAAACACCACUUGACCCUCCGUUCGGUCUCCUCAUUGCCCCACUUCUCAACCUCGAUCUCACAACCCCAGCCGCCCAGGCUGCCCUCUACCCAUCAGCGGAACCCUCACGCAUCGCGAGCCGUCUCCUCCAACUGCUUGACCUCUCCAUGAAGUACUACAACGACACACAAAUCGAAUCUACCGUGACUCCCCUCCUCUGCUCGCUCUCGGUCCUUUACGAGCACGCACCCAACGAAGCCACGGCCACCACAACCACCAGCACCACCACGGACACCGCCACAGACACCGCCACAGACACCACUACGAACACCACCGUAGCCAACCACCCCCGCGCCACCAUCCGCGCAGCGCUGCUCCCUAAGGAGGAAGACCGCAAGACGGUGCUGGGGCGCGCCGACACGCUGGCGUCGCGGCUGCUGCGCAACUGGACCAACCCGCUGGCGCCGCAGUUCCGCAGCGCCGUUUCCCACCUGUACUUCGAUCUGUCGGGCAAGGACGCCGUGCGCUUCAUCGAGAACGUCGGCUACGGCUACGCGUCCGGGUUCUUGUUUGAGAAGAAUAUCAGUAUCCCUGAGGGGGCGAUGCAGGGGCAGGGGUUGCAGGGGCGGGAGGGGGCGGGUUCUGAUGGUGGUGCUGGUACUACUGCGGCGAAAGGUGGUGAGAGUAGCGCCGCGGGGAUGAGGGCGGUUAAUCCGAUUACGGGGCAGUUUUUGGAUGAGGAGCGGUUCCCUGACCUGCCGGAGAUGACGAUGGAGGAGAAGGAGCGGGAGGCGGAGAGGUUGUUUGUGUUGUUUGAACGGUUGAGGCAGACGGGAGUGGUGUCGGUGGAGAACCCGGUCGCGACGGCGAUGCAGGAGGGGAGGAUCCAGGAGCUGCCGGAUGACGAGGAAGAUCUGGACUAUCGAGCAGAUCUUGUGGCCCUUAAUGCAGAUGGGGGAGAGGCCACGCCGCUGAAGAAGCGAGGCCGCCCUGCUCGGUCUGCAGGUGCUGCUGCCAGCGCACGGCUUGCCGCUAAGGCCGCUAGCAAGCCCACCCGCGGUCGACCCAAGGCCACCACUGCGGCGGCAAAGCCCGCUAAGAAGGCCGGACGCCCCAAGAAGGAUGCUGCCGACGAGGAGGUGCCCGCCGGCGAGUACGAGGUCGAGAGCAUCGCCGACUCGAUCAUCGACGCCGACACCAUGGAGCACAUGUACCUGGUGAAGUGGAAGAACUACCCGGCGAGCGACAACACGUGGGAGCCCAAGAAAAAUCUCAAGGGCUCUCUAGACCUCGUGCGCAAGUUCGACGCCGCCAAGAAGAAGGCCAAGGCAGCCGAGGCUGCGAAGAAGGCCGCCACUAAGAAAGCGGCCGCUCCUGCUUCCAAAGAAAGGAGUGCGAGGAGGGGUGCGAAGCCGAAGGCCGUGAAGGAAGUCAAGGCGACUAAGAAAGGUCCUGGCCGGCCGCGGAAGAGGAGGGCGGGCGCUUGA